UCAUUUUUAAGUCUAAUUUUCAUAAAACAAUGGCUCAGCUAGAGAGAAACCCUGAUAGCUUCAAGAAUACAAAGUCCCCAACAACACCAUUUGAACAGUUUAUUCAAGGAGAUCACAAGAGUUGGAGUCCAACUACAUCACCAACCCAAAAAUGCUAUGACCUUGAGGAGGCAUUCCCUAAUCAACAAAACAAGAAAUCUGUUCUUACCAAAGUAAAAGAAAAGGCUAAGAAGCUGCGACAUAGUCUUAGCGGCAGGAGGAAGCAAGACAAUCAAAUUCAAGGAGAGAACAACACACCAUCAUGGGGUGUCAACUUAGAGGAUGAAGAAGAGGUUGAGGAAGAAGAUGAAGAUCCUGAAUAUCUUGGAGCCCCAAUGUAUGAGUCAGAACUUGCACCCGAAGAUUAUAAAGAGACAUCACGUCAACACCCCCGAGCCGAUCCCUUGUUUUCCGAGAAGAACAUUUUACCCUCCCAACAAAGCACAAAACAAGAGAACGAGAACGAAAGUGAAAGCGGAAAUGAAUUGUUAGAGGAUGGUUACAAUAUGAAAGAAACUCAGAAUAUUGACUCUAAGUUUUCAGAGUUGAGUGUUGCUACCACAAACACAGUGGAGAAGCCAAUUGAACAAGAAAGAAAGGAUAGUGUUACUGAUCAUGAGAAACAGAAAGGAGUCAACAGUCCAACAACAUGGGACAAAGGGGUAUCAAUGAAGGAGUAUUUCAUGAACAAGCUUGAGCCAGGGGAAGAUGAAAAAGAACUUUCAAAGGUAAUAUCUGAUGCUAUGAGUCCAAGAAGAAGAGAACCUGGUGAAAGGGGGGUUGUGGAUAAAGUAAAGGAUGUUGUCACUUCUUUCCUACCCCCCACAAAUCCAUCCCUUUUCAGAGUUUUUACUUCCAACACUAACAACACAGGUUCAUUAUCUCCCCAAACAUCCAUUUCCAACAACAAUGGAAACUUAUCCCCACUCAUUCCCAUUUCUACCAAUGCUCAUGAGGUUCUUGAAGAACAGACUAAUGGAAGGGUACUGCAAACAAACUAAUCAAGAGUUCAAGACAAAUUCUUUGAGGAGCAGUUUUAGCAGGAUGCAAUUUUCCACUAUCUUCUCUAAUUUUUACACUAUGGUUAGAACUUAGAGUCAGAUGUAACCACCAAUUUAUUGGCAUUUUAAAUGAUAAAAGUAGGGCUCCAAAUGCAUUUGUAAAGAAAUUGAAAUUACUAUUCAAGUAAUAUAGUAUAGCACGAAAAAUGACUCCACUAACUUACUGUUAGAGAA